CCUUUGACUGUUAAAGUGGAAGGAGGCUGCAGGGCUUCAUUGGAGCCUCGGAGUUUUUCACUGAGGCAGGGGUCAGCUGAAAGACAAAGAAAAAUGGCGAAUAGUUUGCUGGGGGGUGGGGGGGACAGCUGUUCGGGUUUUCACUGGACUGGACAUUCCAGACUCAGGUUUCUGCAUCUCCUGCUGCCUUUUGUUUCCUCCGUCCUUUUUUGGGGGGGAGGGAUAGGAGUGACUUAAAUUCUCCCUGUCCGAGGAGAUAUAAAUAACUACAUGUAAAAUUAAUGCAGUUCCCGUUGUCAAAAUGUCCACAGAAGGAGGAUUUGGUGGUGCUAGCAGCAGUGAUGCCCAGCAAAGCCUACAGUCCUUCUGGCCUCGUGUCAUGGAAGAAAUCCGGAAUUUAACAGUGAAAGAUUUCCGAGUACAGGAACUCCCACUGGCUCGUAUUAAGAAGAUUAUGAAACUGGAUGAAGAUGUGAAGAUGAUCAGUGCAGAAGCCCCUGUGCUGUUUGCCAAGGCGGCCCAGAUUUUUAUCACUGAGUUGACUCUUCGAGCCUGGAUCCACACAGAGGAUAACAAGCGCCGGACUCUUCAGAGGAAUGAUAUCGCCAUGGCAAUUACAAAAUUUGAUCAGUUUGACUUUCUCAUCGAUAUUGUUCCAAGAGAUGAGCUGAAACCACCAAAGCGUCAGGAGGAGGUGCGUCAAUCUGUGACUCCUGCCGAGCCCGUCCAGUACUACUUCACGCUGGCUCAGCAGCCCACUGCCGUCCAGGUCCAGGGACAGCAGCAAGGCCAGCAGACCACCAGCUCCACAACCACCAUCCAGCCCGGGCAGAUCAUCAUUGCACAGCCUCAGCAGGGCCAGACCACACCCGUGACCAUGCAGGUUGGAGAAGGUCAGCAGGUGCAGAUUGUCCAGGCCCAGCCGCAGGGUCAAGCCCAGCAGGCCCAGAGUGGCACUGGACAGACCAUGCAGGUGAUGCAGCAGAUCAUUACGAACACAGGAGAGAUCCAGCAGAUCCCGGUGCAGCUGAAUGCCGGCCAGCUGCAGUAUAUUCGCUUAGCCCAGCCUGUAUCAGGCACCCAGGUUGUGCAGGGACAGAUCCAGACGCUUGCCACCAAUGCUCAACAGAUCACACAGACAGAGGUCCAGCAAGGACAGCAGCAGUUCAGCCAGUUCACGGAUGGACAGAGGAACAGCGUGCAGCAAGCUCGAGGCUCUGAGCUAACGGGAGAGGCAGAGCCCAGAGAAGUGAAAGCCACAGGAAAUGCAACUCCCUGCACCUCUUCCCCGCCCACCACACAUACCCCCUCUCACCGGGCUGGUGCCUCCUGUGUCUGCUGCUCCCAACCACAGCAGAACUCCACUUCCCCUCCUCCCUCUGACGCCUUGCAAUGGGUGGUGGUUGAGGUAUCUGGGGCCCCCAACCAACUCGAGGCCCAUAGGGAGCUGCAUGCCCCUCUCCCAGGGGUGACCUCACUCUCUCCUCUCCACCCCUCGCAGCAGCUCUACCAGAUCCAGCAAGUCACCAUGCCUGCCGGCCAGGACCUCGCCCAACCCAUGUUCAUCCAGUCAGCCAACCAGCCCUCCGACGGGCAGGCCCCCCAGGUGACCGGCGACUGAGGGCCUGAGCUGGCAAGGCCAAGGACACCCAACACAAUUUUUGCCAUACAGCCCCGGGCAAUGGGCACAGCCUCCCUCCCCAGAGGACCCUGCCGACCUCAGCGCCUCCUGCAGGCUAGAACACUGGUGCACUACGCCCGACGCCUGGGGGCAGAGAUUCUCCACAACAGAAAGAUGCAAUAUUUUUUAUUUCCUUUUUCCCUUUUUUUUUCUCCACGGAAUCAAUAUUUCAAUAUGUUGAGCUGUGUGUCCAAUGCUAUGAAAUGAAAAUAAUAAAUAACAUAUUUAUGGCAUUUUCUUGAA